ACACCAGGAACAGGAGCAGACAGAAGGACGGACAGGAACAGGCAGGUAACAUGGACUAGACCAGGUGGGAAACGACGACAACCGAACAAGGAACAAGACACAGCUGGAGAGGGGAGGAGAAACACAGGGGCAACAGGUGAACACAAUGACAUAAUCAGGCACAGGAGGGAAACGCAGACAGGAAGUGAAGCUAAACAUGACACAAGAGGGGAAACAUUUCAAAAUAAAACAGGAAACACAAAACAAGGAUCAGGACAUUCAGUUAGUCUUUGACGAAAUGAAAUAAACUUUUCUUUUUGUACUUUUGUGUCGAGUCGUGCAGAUGAGUCACGUUCCUGAAAUAUGUUGCAGCUGUUACAGAAGAAUGAAGUAGUUUCUACCUGAAUACUGUUAGGUAUCUGGUGAGUUUCUUCAUCACCUGUAACAAUCUAACAAAUAUAGUAAGUGGAGUGGAAGUAUAAAGUAGUAAGAAAUAGAAAAUACUCAGUAAAGUAAAGUUCAUCAAAAAUGGCUGCUGGAUCUGGAGGGCGGUCUGAAGGGACAAAGUGUUUGUCAUUGUUCUCUUUCAUCUUGCUCGUCGACGUUGUCAGUCAGUUUGAAUCGAGCCAAAUAUGGUCAAAGCUGUUCGAGAAGUUGUAACACGUCAGACUCUGAGGAACAUUAAAACAUGGUAUCAUAACCUCAGAGCAGAAGUUCAGAGAAGAGCGUCCCAUCAGAGCAGACGCUCUCCCAUCAGCCUCAGGACUGCAGCAGGACUCCAACCUUUCUCCAGGAUGAACAGAAGAGCACAGCAGGAAAUGGAGGAAAUUGAAGAAGCAGAAGCUGACUCUGCACCAAAAGGCGCUGUGGAUAGACAGAGAACCCGUCCAGGACAGAGGUCUUUUCCUCUGAUAGCCGUGUGUUGGCUCGUUCUGUUAGCCAUCAUGGGCCUUCGUAUCUACUUGACCUCUGAGCUUUCUGAAAACAACACCAAGCAGACUGCAGAAAUCCAAAACUUGAAGUCACGAAUCCAGGAGCUGGAGACCCAGAAGAUAACCCUAACACGGCAAAUAGAAGACAUGGAGACAAACUGGAAUAAGCUCAACCUCAGUCGAGCUCAGUGGAGCAUCAAUGCCUAUUGCUUGGGAAAUAAGGAGAAAACGUGUCAACCUUGUCAGGAACACUGGUUACUCAGUGAGUCCAGCUGCUAUGAGUAUCAUAACCCUUCUUUUUCUAAAUGGAAAACCUGGGAUGCAGCUCAGUCAGACUGCAGAGGACAGAGUUCAGAUCUGGCUGUGGCACAUACUGCUGCUGAAAAGAAGUCUACUAAACCGUCACAUCAAGCGAGACACUGUCCUUACAGCUUCAGCAGGACUGCAGCAGGACCUCUGUUCAGGAUGAAGGGGAACACUAUGAAGGAUAUGGAGGAAAUCUCAGAAGAAGCUGACUAUGUUAAUGCAUCAAAAUACACUGUGGAUAGAAGGCCAACGCGUCCAGAGGACACCAACAAAGAUGCUGCACAGGAAGGCACUGUGGAUAAAAAGGCCCCCCCUCCAGGUUCUUUAACUGAAGGCCAGAGGUCUUUCCUCCUGAUAGCAGUGUGUUGGCUCAUACUGUUAACCAUCAUGGGCCUUCGUAUCUACUUUACCUCUGAACUUUCUGAAGACAACGCCAGCCUGACUGCGGAAAUCCUAAACCUGACAACACAAAUCCAGGAGCUGGAGGCCGAGAAGAAUCUCACGGUUCAGUGUGGCAGCCUGACACGAGCCUGUAUUGUCAUACAAAUCAAGGUGAAAAACCUGUAUGCAGAAAUCAGUAAGCUGACAAUACUGAAGGAUGACUUGACAAAAGAAAUUCAAGACAUGAAGACAAACCAGAAUGAACUCAACAUCAGUCAAGCUCAGUGGACCAUCAAUGAGUACUGCAAACCAGAAGGAGACAUCUUGUACUUGAGUAAAGUGAACAACGCAGAAGCUGCAACAAAUGCCACUGUGGAUGAAAAGUUCUCCUUUCGAGAAGCUGCACGGGAAGGAUUUGUGGAUGAAAAGUUCUCCUUUCGAGUGAACAACACAGAACCUGCACGAGAAGGAUUUGUGAAUGAAAAGUUCUCCUUUCGAGGACAAUGUCGACCUUGUCAGAAGGGCUGGGUAUUUGUAAAAUACAGCUGCCAAUUGGUUCCUUCCCCUUGGCGUUCUUCUGAAUGGAAAACUUGGGAAGAAGCUCGAGAAGACUGCAGAGGACAUAGUUCAGAUCUGGCUGUUGAACAGAAGUCGGUGGGAGAGUUCUAUAGACGCAGACCGAUGAAGUCACAAUACUGGAUUGGUCUGAGAGUUGUAAAAGGGAGAUGGCAGUGGGUGGAUGGAAGUAUUCUGACUGAUCGCUCCUGGAGAUCAGCUCCUCUUGACGGUCAAUGUGUGAUGUCUGAUCUGGGAGGAGGAUGGAUAUCAGUGAAAUGUGAUCAGAAACAUCAGUGGAUCUGCCAGAAGAAAGCUCUGUCUGUUUAAACACUGCCGUCAUACUUUUACUCUUACAUGUGUUUUAUUUUUGCUUUGCACAAAAUGCAGUAACCUAAUGUUCCAAAUAAGUAUGAAAUGAUGAGUUGAUAAAAAAAGACCUAAACUUGCUCCGUUUUCUAUUUCAACAGGGGUUGCUUCCUCUGUGCUUUUACCAUAAUUUCAAUGAGCUGAUUUCUUAAGCAUUUGAAUCGUGACUCCAUUUUAAUAUAUAGAGAUGAGAGUUAUGUGUGUGAUUUAUCUAGAAGCUAAUUCAUAAUGUUAAGUCUAUGAUGUUGAAUAAAAUAGCUGUCCCAAAGUGUUGUUAUUGUCUCACAAGUCAGUAACAGAUGAACAAAACAGGGUAAUAAGAGCCAGUAAUGAGAGAAGCGUAGUGCGUUUUACAAAUGGAAACCAUACUACCUUUAAUAAAUAAAGCAAACAGCAGAGUGUGAAUCCUUCAUGAAAGGAACAACCGUGCGGCAUCAUUUUUAAAAGACACCUUUAGGACGGCUGGAAGAUUACCUAACUGCUGUGAUUGUCCAUUAGAAUGAUUAAUCCUGUUAGAAUAACAACUGUUACGUUUAUAUAUAUUGAACAGACCAAUUUUAAUAAAAGUAUAAUAAAGUA